AUGUUCUUUUCCCUCUUUCCUGUGCUUUGCCUUGGUCCGUACCUGGCUCACCCAGACAGGCCACCGUCCCCUGUCAACGUGACUGUGACACAGCUGAAGGCAAACUCUGCCACAGUCUCCUGGGACGUCCCAGAAGGAGACGUGCUCCCGGGGGGUGACAGAUCUUCACUCCGGCAGCGGCACUUCAUCCGGGAGGUGAACACGACCAACCGGGCCUGUGUGCUGUGGGACUUGGCAGAGGAUGCCGACUACAUCAUCCAGGUGCAGAGCAUUGGCCUGUAUGGAGAAAGCCAGGCCAGCAAGCGUGUCCACUUCAGGACUCUGAAGGAGACCGACCGCCUCCCUUCCAACAGCUCCAACCAAGGGGACAUCACCAUGGAAGGGCUGGACAAGGACAGGCAGCUGCAGACUGGCGAGAUUAUCAUCAUCGUGGCUGUGCUGCUUAUGUGGGCAGCGGUGAUCGCCCUCUUCUGCAGACAGUAUGACAUCAUCAAGGACAAUGACUCCAACAACAACAAGGAAAAGACAAAACCAUCCUCGGAGCACAGCACGCCAGAGCGACCAAGCGGAGGGCUGCUGCGGAGCAAGAAGAAGUCUCCCUCAGUCAAUAUAAUCGAGGUGUAA